ACCCCCAACCGCCCCCCUCUUCUCCCUUUUCCGCUGCAAAUUCCUGCUCCUAGUCCAUGUGGACUGUUUACUCAAGUUCAUUGUGAGACUGGAGGAGGAGCUGGGGCCCUGGACACGGGAUCGGAGGAAGUAGAAAGCUAAUGAGGAGAGAGCUUGGCUCAUGAGACUCUGAGACCUUGGAGGAAGCCAUGUGGGUCCCUUCCUGACUUCUCCCUUCACCUCUCCCAGGUACACUUCCAGGGGCCACAGUGAUUUCAAGAACAGAGACCAUGAGCGCAUCUCUGGGGAUGGUGGUUUUUGAGGAUGUAGCUGUGAGUUUCAGCUGGGACGAGUGGCAGCACCUGGAUGAGGUGCAGAGGACCCUGUACCGGGAUGUGAUGCUGGAGACCUACAGUCACCUAGAAUCACUGGGACAUUCGGUCACCAAACCGGAAGUGAUUGUCAAGUUGGAGGAACACGCAGAACCAUGGACAGCAGAACCUUCAAAACCUACCCUCAGAGAUAUUUCACCUUUGGAUGACUUGGUUGAGAGCACCCAGAAAAUUCAGGAUAGGCAUUUUUGGCAAGAUGUCGUCAGCAAGAGGAAAACAGCAACAAAGGAGAGUAUAAACUUAGGAAAUACUUUUAAUUUGAGUUCAGUCCGUGUUUCUGACCCCAUGGUAAAUAAUGGCAACUAUUCUAUCAUGAUGCCUGAGGACUAUAAUGUACUUACGAAUAUGUUUCUGACUGUUGGCCCCAGUGAGAUGCACCCUAUUCAAAAAUUUGAGGACCACAGCACUUUCUAUAACAUACCUUCUAUUACUGAUUAUACAGAAAUACACACAGGUGUUGAACCUCAUGAAUGCCAGAAAACCAGUGAGUUUUUAACCCUUGACAGGCAUCAGGGAACACACAUGAGGGAGAAAGUUAAAUACAUAUGUUCAGAAUGUGGGAAAACUUUAUCCCAGAGACGAGGACUCCUUCAGCACCAAAGAAUUCACACAGGUGAGAAACCCUAUGAGUGUAAAGAAUGUGGGAAAACUUUCUACCGGAAGUCAGACCUCACUGUCCAUCAGAGAAUUCACACAGGAGAGAAACCCUAUGAGUGUAAGGAGUGUGGGAAAACUUUCUCUUGGAGGAAAGGACUCAUUUUACAUUACAGAUCUCACACCGGAGAGAAACCCUAUGAAUGUAAACAGUGUAGGAAAACUUUCUCUUCAAAUUCAUCCCUCAAUGUUCAUCUGCGAAGUCACACAGGAGAGAAACGCUUUGAAUGUAAAGAAUGUAGGAAAACAUUCUUCUUGAAGUCAUACCUUGCUGUACACCAGAGAAUUCACACAGGAGAGAAACCCUAUGAAUGUAAAGAAUGUAGGAAAACUUUCACUUGUAAGGCAUACCUCACUGUUCACCAGAGAAUUCACACAGGAGAGAAGCCUUACGAGUGCAAAGUAUGCAGGAAAGCUUUCUCCUGGAGGAAGGGACUUAUUUUACAUCACAGAGCUCACACAGGAGAAAAACCUUAUGAAUGUAAAGAAUGUAGGAAGACUUUUUACCGGAAGUCAGAUCUCACAUUACAUCAAAGAAUUCACACAGGAGAGAAACCCUAUGAAUGUAAAGAAUGUGGUAAAACUUUCUCCCGGAAGUCUUAUCUCAUUUCACAUUACAGAACUCACACAGGAGAGAAACCUUAUGAUUGUAAAGAAUGUAGAAAAACUUUUUCAAGGAAGUCACAACUCAUUGUGCACCAGAGAUUUCACACAGGGGAAAAACCCUAUGAAUGUAAAAUAUGUAGAAAAACUUUCUCCUGCAAGGCAUAUCUUAAGGUGCACCAGAGAACUCAUGCAGGAGAGAAAUCAUAUGAAUGUUAUAAAGUAGAAGAUCUUUCUCCUGUCAGGCAUACAUCAUUAUAUCUCAGCGAAUUCAUAUAGUUGAGAAAUCUUUAGAACAUGAAGAAUAUAGGAAAGCUUUCUCAUUAAGUUUUUUUUUUAACUUUUUUU